AAUUGUUUUCGAUUAGAAUUUCACACUAAAUCGUUUGGUAAUUUUCCCGAUAGAAACGGGAACAGCAAAAUGUACUCUCUUAAUGUUUUUUACAAGAGAAAUCGUUAAUUCAAACCAUUAUCUUUUUGGCGUUGUUGAUAAAUUGAUAGCGAGUAUUUGAUAUCACGAACAUAAUGCGCGCGAACACGAAUAAUUUUUUUUUCUCGGGUACGUUGUGGACAAUCGUCUGUGAAUUGUAAACACUAUUUGUUAAUACGUCCGGUUUUGACAACUUAAGUUGUGUUUAAAAUCUUAAACGUCCGCCGUCAGUAAAUGAUAUUUUUAAUCGUGUCUACAUUGAACAUAGAUUGGUUUGGCGAUAAUUUUAAAUCGUGUUUGGAAACGCUUACGUUACAAUCGCCCGUUUUGAUUUGCGCGUAUUUAACGAGAAAAAUAUUAUCAUUAUGUCUUCAACUGAACCCAGCCCGCAACACAUAUCCGCACUCAGAAAAUAUUUCGGUCAUUCUAAUUUUCGAUCUAUGCAAUGGGAAAUCAUACAUUCUGUUUUAGAAGAAAAAAGAGAUGCUUGCGUGGUUAUGUCUACUGGUUAUGGCAAAAGCCUUUGUUACCAAUAUCCAGCUGUUUACACUAAAGGACUAACCAUUGUUGUUUCCCCUUUAAUAUCAUUAAUGAAGGAUCAAGUACUCUCUCUAGAGAUGGCCAAUAUUAAAGCAUGUCUGCUAGGUUCAGCACAGGCAUCUAAAGCUGAUGCCUUAAGUGGCCUUUUUUCUGGAGAAGUAAGAGUAUUGUAUAUUACUCCAGAAUGGAUCGCCACUGAAUCAGCUAAACAGAUUUUACAUGAUUUACAAACAAAAAUUAAAAUAGUUGCUGUUGCUAUCGAUGAAGCGCACUGUGUUAGUCAAUGGGGUUUUGAUUUCCGUUCUUCAUACAGAAAUUUAGGAAAACUUCGCGAUAUAUUACCUAGUGUUCCAAUUUUAGCAUUAACUGCAACUGCAACACCAAUAGUACGCAAAGACAUUUGCACUUCAUUGAAUCUCAAAAACCCAAAAUAUGUUUGUACGGGAUUUGAUAGAACAAAUUUAUACUUUGAAGUAUCAAAAAAAACUAGUAGUAUAUUUCUUGACUUGAAUAAAUACAUGAAAAAGAGUGGAUUAAAAAUAUCUUUUGAAGGAGCAACAAUUAUUUAUUGUCCUACAAAAAAACAAACUGAAGCAGUUGCACAGGAAUUAAGAUCUAAUAGAAUAGAAUGUGAGGUUUAUCAUGCUGACAUUCCAUUGAAGAAAAGAAAUGCUGUUCACGAAAAUUUUGUAAAAGAUAAUUUACAAAUUGUUGUUGCUACAGUGGCUUUUGGAAUGGGAAUUGAUAAGCCAGAUGUACGUCAAGUUAUUCAUUACGGAGCUCCUAAAGAUAUUGAAUCAUAUUAUCAAGAAGUUGGUCGAGCUGGACGUGAUGGCUUGCCUGCAAGAUGUCAUGUAUUCUACAAUCAGGCUGAUAUUGUUCUUAAUAGAAAUAUUAUGCUUUCUAGCCUUACAAACGACACAUACCGUGCGCAUAAAGAAAAAAUGGCCAAAGUCAUUGAACAAUAUAUGGAGACUAGGUGGUGUAGACGUCAACUAUUAUUAUCCUACUUUGAAGAUAAUUCACUGUCAACAGCUAAUGGUUCUAAUAGUAAAAAAAAUUGCUGUGAUAAUUGUACUUAUAACUUAAUGACUAAUAAUUUACAACCUGAUAAUAAUGUGGAUUUGCUUGAAGAUGUACAAUUAGUUUUAAAAUGUGCCCAAGCAUUAGGUGGUUAUUAUGGACUUUUGACUUUAGUAGAUUUCAUUUGUGGUAAAAGAAACAAAAAAUUUUAUGAACGCCAUUUGAAUCAUAUGCUAUUUGGAACAGGAAAAUAUAAUACAGAAACAUAUUGGAAAACAUUAAGUAAAUUAUGUUUGAGAGAAAGUUUGUUACAACAAAAACCAUGUAAUUCAUUUCAGCAAGGCACUAAAUUUUCUUUCCCAAUCAGCACAGUAUCUGUUUCAACCAAAGGAUACGAGUUCAUAGAACAUGGGUACGAGUCAGGUAUUAAAAUUGACCCAUCUUUGGAUGUUUUAAAAUUGUUCAAAUCCAAGUCUGCUGAUAAAUGUGUUAAUAAGGUGAUUGGUACCUUAGACUUGAAAUUAAAGUAUUCUCAGGAUCCAGUAUCAUUAUUAACACAAAAUAAUACAAAUAGUGGUCCUGAACAAAAAAUUGAAAACACAGAUCUUGAAAAUACUAUUUAUUCAACACUGGUGACGUAUAGAAUUAUAUUGGCUCAACAAUCAGAUUGUAUGCCGUAUAUGAUUGCUAGCAACAAAAUGUUAAUUGAUGUGGCAAAAUUGAAACCAAAAGAUAUGUCUGAAUUGAAAAAUGUCGAAGGUUUUACAGAAGCCAAAAUUGAACGUUUCGGUCAAGCAAUAGUGAGUAAAGUUAUAGAAGUUUGUAGUAAACAUUCAGUUGAUAUCAAGGCUAAUGAAAAUAUGAAGACAUGUGAUUCUAAUAACACAAAUGCUAAUGACAGUGAAAGUUUAUGGGAUGACUGUGAUGAUUCUAUCUUUAGCGAAAUAUGUGAUACAGAUAUAAUAGAAAAAGUUGAUAAUAACGUUAGCGUCGGACAGACAAAUGUGAUAAAUGAUAGUAAUAUUUUAAAAAAUACUGAAAGCACAUUUAAAAGAAAAUAUGGUGCCAUUGAAUCUAAAUUAUCAGACCAAGAAAAAGUAAAAGAACACAAACAAAUUAUGAUGAAAAAACUGAAAAAUAAUUCUCUGUUCAAAUUUUAAGACUAGAAUAUUCAAAUUAUUUAUAAGGCAGUUGGUCUGUUAAUAUUUAAUUUAGUUUAUUAUUUAAAUGGUAAAUUGUUUCCUUACUUUAUCCUUAUAUUAAGUGUACAUUUUUUUAAAAACAAUCGAUGAUUAAGUUUUUCUAGUUCAAAUAAUUAUU